CUUGAUUCAGUUAGUUAUAAAAACCUCUGCCUCACCUCUCUCUUGUCUUCAGGUACCUAAACAUAAACUCAGUUUAUUACAUCACAUAAGACUUAAGGUACCAAAACAACCACCUUAAUGGCUGCUCUCACAGGAACAAACUCUCUUGUUUCUUCCAAGUCUUUUCAGACACAACAGAACUCAUUGGCCGCUUCUUCCAAGUCUUUUCUUGCAUCCAAAGUUAAGUCUGUCAGAUCCGUCCAGGUUAUUUCAGCUGUGCAUUCUCCUGACCCUUCCAAGAAUCCCAUUGUUUCCGACAAGGCGGCGAAGCAGUCCUCAACUGCGGCUGCUGCGGCCUCCUCCUCGUCGGUUACUGCAGCUCCUGCUGUGACAAAACAGGGUUCGAGUAAAUGGAAUAUAGAGAGCUGGAAAACAAAGAAGGCGCUGCAGCUCCCUGAGUACCCUGACAAGGAGGAGCUGCAGGCUGUGCUGGAGACGCUGGAUGCGUUUCCUCCCCUGGUUUUCGCAGGAGAGGCCAGGCAUUUGGAGGAGAAGCUAGGGGAGGCUGCAAUGGGGAAUGCUUUUUUGUUGCAGGGUGGUGAUUGUGCUGAGAGUUUUAAGGAGUUUAAUGCGAAUAAUAUUCGGGAUACCUUUAGAAUUCUUCUUCAGAUGGGAGCUGUUCUCAUGUUUGGUGGACAAAUGCCUGUUAUUAAGGUUGGUAGAAUGGCGGGUCAGUUUGCGAAGCCAAGAUCAGAUGGUUUUGAGGAAAAGGAUGGAGUGAAGCUGCCGAGUUACAGAGGGGACAAUGUGAAUGGGGAUGCUUUUGAUUUGAAGUCGAGGACUCCGGACCCUCAGAGAUUGAUCAGGGCUUAUUGUCAAUCUGCAGCUACUUUGAAUCUUUUGAGGGCUUUCGCCACUGGAGGCUACGCUGCUAUGCAGAGGGUUACACAAUGGAAUCUUGAUUUCACUGAGGAGAGUGAACAGGGUGACAGGUACCGAGAACUUGCUAACCGAGUUGAUGAGGCUCUUGGAUUUAUGUCUGCUGCUGGACUUACUGUUGACCAUCCUAUCAUGACAACCACUGAUUUCUGGACAUCGCAUGAGUGCCUGCUUUUGCCUUACGAGCAAUCUCUUACCAGAUUAGAUUCUACAUCUGGCCUGUAUUAUGAUUGUUCUGCGCAUUUUAUAUGGGUUGGGGAGAGGACUCGCCAGUUAGAUGGUGCUCAUGUUGAGUUCCUGAGAGGGGUUGCUAAUCCUAUUGGCAUUAAGGUCAGCGAUAAGAUGAAUCCAACUGAACUUGUAAAGCUCGUUGAGAUAUUGAAUCCUCAGAACAAAGCAGGCAGAAUCACAGUCAUCGCAAGGAUGGGAGCAGAAAACAUGAGGGUGAAACUUCCCCAUCUAAUUAGGGCAGUCCGCGGAGCUGGGCAGAUUGUCACUUGGGUCAGUGAUCCUAUGCACGGAAACACCAUCAAAGCUCCCUGUGGCCUGAAAACUCGACCCUUUGAUGCUAUCAGGGCUGAAGUCAAGGCAUUCUUCGACGUGCACGAGCAAGAAGGAAGCCAUCCUGGUGGAAUUCAUCUGGAGAUGACCGGCCAAAACGUGACCGAGUGCAUUGGUGGAUCAAGAACCGUGACUUUUGAUGAUCUAGGAUCUCGCUACCACACACAUUGUGAUCCUAGAUUGAACGCGUCUCAGUCUCUGGAGCUGGCAUUCAUCAUUGCAGAGCGUCUGAGGAGGAGGAGAAUCGGCAACAAGCAAUCACUGCCUUCGCUAAAUUAAAAAUUUUCAAGUCAUUGAGGGCCUUAAGACCCUGUUAUAUGUUAUCAUGUAAUUAGUUUUGGAACCCUUUUUUUUCAA